UGCGUCAAAGUUGAAUCCUUCUGUUUCUGAAGGACGAGAAGGGCGUGCUCAUGAUGGCACUUAACUACCUGAAAUUGUGCUGUCGGCAACAAGUGGGGCAUCUAAAGAAUAUGAGAUACUUUCCAUUGGCCAUGCGACAUCACAAUGACAUGUUAUGCAGAAAUGACUUGUCUACCAAGAAUGCCAUCUUAAUGGAAAACCAAGAAAGAGCUGCUUAUCUGCAAAAAACUAACAUACAGAAACCACUUCAAACUGAAGAAUUACAUGAUUUUGGAAGGGACACUUUAUUUUUGUUAUCUGAAAUUACAAAUGACAAAUUGAAAUUACCUUGCAACGCUGAUGCUGUUAAUGAUAUGCUGUAUAAUACUGUGACUAAUAAUAAAAAAUGUGCACGUAAAAUAACGAAGAUUAAAGACAGGUGUUUAUCUGAAGAUUAUAUGGCACUACCCGCCACACAGUUAUCUACGUCUCAGUUUUUCGUGCCAUCACAAAGAUUAAAAGACAUUUCAAUGACAGUCCCACGACUGGAGGACUCCAUGACCUAUUUUGAUGGCUAUAUGGUAACACAACAAUCUGAUUCGACUAUCAAGCGGGAAGGAGAAAAUAGAAUUUUAAAUAAAUGUGAGAAAAGUUCAGAAACAUUGUGCAGUUCUAAAAGUGGUGAAGAUAAAGAUGGAACCGCCAACGACCUCCCAUCUGCAAAACAACUUGCAAUCAUCCAGGAGAAUAUAGUAGAACAGAUCUCAAAUUUCUUCCAUGGUGUUCACCGAAUACAGGACUAUGAUAUGGAGAAGCUUGUCUUUGUGAAUAAUUUUUUUGGAAAGGAGAAAGUUUACCGUGGAUCACAAUAUCUAUGGAUACUCACUGGUAUCAGAUGGCGAUGCCAUUUGAGGUUUGUACUUGUCAAUAUGACCGUGACCAGUGCAUCGUCCAACACCGAAGAUGGAACAGUGAAAGUUUAUUGGCAGAUAGCCGGUUUGAACCAAAGCACCUUUGUCAAGAAAAUGUGGCAGGUCUUUACGAAGUACUCCAGUACUGUAGUAGAUAAUGCUGAGCAUUAUGGUGGUGUUUCCUUGUUCCACGUUAACAAAGAGGGAAAGAUAUACAGACACAGGGUUGACCGGAUGGACCAGAUCAAGGAAGGUAAACCAGUGGUACAACCAGAAAUGGCCAUGGCUUAACAGUGUGCUGUAGGACAUGUUCUUAACUCUACAUAUAAACUAUGAGUGUACAUCAGUGUGAUUUUGUUACACCUCAGUGCAGACAUCAGUUACCUCCCCUGUUACCAAGGGAAACACAUACAAUGGCUUUUUAAGUUUAUUUGUCAAAAUCAUAUACUAAACGAAACAUAGUUUUAGGACAAUGCUUACUGAUCAAUUGUUUUUGUUUAGACUGUCUCAUAUGUAGCAUUUGUGGUUGGAAAUGUAUUUUUUUGGUGUUUUUUUUUUCUUUUCUCAUAUCUGCCAAGAACUAUACGGGAAUAAAUUUUAAAAGGACAGGAGAAGCUGUUCCUUUUAAUUGUUGUUACAGCUCUGCUAAUUAUUGUUCAGUAGUAGGAUAAGCUAGGCUAAAAAAUGGCUUCUGAUAACUUUACACUUGUCUUCCGCUUGAAUAUAUCUCAAUCAAUCUUGUAGUCGUGAUUUAUAUGAUCAAUCUGUGAUUAUGAGACUAAUAUAUAAUGUACUUCCUCCAUUUGUAAACAUUCUUUGUCUCUUGUAAAAGUUAUAACACAAUGGGUAUAAGUUUAAAUGAGUUUUUAUGUACUCUUAGAAGCAAUUAGAGGACAUGGGUAGGCUGUAAGAAAACAGUUGGGACUCUUUUUUAUGACCACCUUUAGUGUUUUACCAAUGUAGGAAGUUUGAAGUGAUUAAGGAGUAUUAAACAAGAAAUAGCAAGUAACUUUCAGAAAGUUCUACAUUUUUUUAGUUGUACAUUAUUAUAACCUGAAUUUACCAACAGCUAAAAUCAACUUUUUUUCUGGAAUGUAAAACAAAAAAGAAAACAUUCUUUUAAAAAAAGAUGCAAAAUGUACUAGAUAGAACAGGGCAAACACAAGUAAGUACCGGGUACAUGUAUUUAUUAUUUUUCUUGCCAUGUAAAUUUAGAACUAAGAAAAGCAAAUCUGUGAUAGUUUCAAUAAUAAGCCAAAAGUACACCUGUCCACUUUGUAAGAAUUGAAACCCUGUAUGACAGAGAAGAACCUUAUCCAGAUAUCAUUAUGACAGAAGGGACCCAUAAACACUUACUUAUAAUGUUAGGGGGUAGGCUUAUAACCCUCAACUCAAUGAUAGGGGUAAUACAUAAAUCUUGACUCAAUGUUAGGGGUUAGGCUUAUAUCCCUCAACUCAAUGAUAGGGGUAAUACAUAAACCUUGACUCAAUGUUAGGGGUUAGAUUUAUAAACCUUGGCUCAAUGUUAGGGGGUUGGCUUAUUAUCCUUGACUCAAUGUGCGGGUGUAGGUUUAUCAACCUUGACUCAAUGUUAGGGGUAGGUUCAUUAUUCUUGACUCAAUGUUAGGGGUUAGGUUUAUAAACCUUGACUCAAUGUUAGGGGUUAGGUUUAUAAACCUUGACUCAAUGUUAGGGGUUAGGUUUAUAAACCUUGGCUCAAUGUUAGGGGUUAGGUUUAUAAACCUUGACUCAAUGUUAGGGGGUUGGUUUAUAAACCUUAACUUAAUGUUAGGGGUUAGGUUUAUAAAUGAUGACUUAAUAGUAGGGGGUAAUACAUGUACAUAAAAUUUAACUCAGUAUAUUUGGGGUUUGGCUUAUUGAAUUGUAGGACAGUGAAAUGAUACUUGUUAGCAUUUUCACCCAACUACAUUAGACAUGGGGGGGCUAAUAAAAAUCAUAACCAAGCGUACGGGUUUAUUGCUGGAUAAAUACGGUAAUAUAGACAAUAGACAUGUGUUCUGGCAGUACAUCUGAUGAUCAUACUGCUAUGCUAAUUCACAUCAAACAAUAUUACAAAUACAUGUAUGUUUGGUUGAGACUGAGAAUGUGAUUCUUACUACAUAUAAUAUCUUAUCAUGAUCAAAGACAACCUAUUUUCGAAGCCAGAUUGUUUUCAUGAUGAAUUUAUCUCCAAGAAAUCCAAGGCUUAUUUUCAAGGCUAAUCUAUUUUCAACUAAUCGUUAGUCUUAUUUUGUAGAUUGAGAGUAUGAAUGUUUUGUUUACUGUGUUAUCGAGACCGUAAUUAAAUGAUGACCAGGUGUAUUUUUCUAAUAAUUCCAGGUAA